CGCCCUGCUGACAGGUCUCGCUCGAGAGCCCACAGGAGGACUGCUGGCCAAGACCCCAGGUUUCUUCGCGUGUGUUUUUAUAUGCUUGGAUUUUAAAGAAAGAAAGAAAAAAUGUUCUCGGAACGUCCUGUUUUACUAAAAAUGACGUGGCCGAGUGAUUUUGGGAGAUUAAGCCCGGGUUUUCUGACCAUUUUACUUAGCUUUACUUUUCAAGGUGCAUACUGUGGACUGGUGGUUUCUCCUGUUGGUCCUACGCUGGUGAAUGUUAUAACUGGCAGCAAUGUGACUCUGGCCGUGUCCUUCAGUGGUGCCCCUGACCCUACGGUUACCUGGUUCAUUAAGGAUUUUAGCCUACCUGUCGUCACAUGGGCUAUUAACUCCAAUACUCUCCCAGACAUAGACGAAAACAGAAGAAAGGUGCUGAGGAUUGAGCCAAAUGGAUCCCUUACCUUUGUAAAUGUGCCACUUGAGUAUACCAGUAACUACACCGUUGAAAUGACUAAAUCUGGACUGGGAAGAUCCUCGACUACUUUCUCUCUGGAAGUAUUUAGUAGUCCAGUGCAGUUCCUGCCAGCUGUGGGAACCAGAGUUGACUCUGAAGGCAAAAUAGUGGUCGCUAUCCAAUGUGUCAGUGAGGCCUGGCCUAAGGCUGUGGUGUCAUGGUCCAAAGGCAGCGAGGCUCUCACCAACGGGACACCAUACCAGAUCAGCAGUGACACCACACAGCUGGAGAUUCUGGGUUACAAUGUCAGCAAAUUUCUCCUCCAAAACUACUUUUGUAACUGCAGCAACCCACUGGGCAGCCAGACGAGGGAAAUUGUGUUAACAGGACCAUCGAUCUCAAAUUCCAGUUUGUUAUCUAGUCACAAUGGAACCAUCGUCACAUUGACCUGGGAGGUCCCGCCUACCUCUGUUGUUACAGGGUUUGACAUCCAAAUGAAAGGACCAGACCUCCUGGGAAAAAAUCACACCCAAACUAGCUUAGACCAAUUCUACACCAUCCAGCAUGAACCUGGCACUAACAGGAGUGCAGACAUCUUUAUCCUCGAUCCCAACUUGACGUACAUGUUUCGGAUUAUCCCCAAAGCUCUUAUGACAGAAGGAGACCCAUCUGCGGUCCACAGAAUUGGUCCAGGUGAAGGGCUGAGUAGAUCUGCCAUCACUGGCAUUGCAGCUGGAAUCCCUUGCGGCAUUCUCUUCCUACUCCUGCUGGGCGGCUUCAUCUACUGUGUCUACUGGAACAAGAACAAAAGUCGGCAAACAAGAUAUCCGUUGUCCAGAGCAGUUGAGAAGGCAGUAACAUCUCAAACAGAAACAACUCCUCAUAACCUGCUGACAGGAGGGCUGAAGUCUCCCCCUGAUUACAACAGAUUGCAGCAGACUCCCUCUGAAAGAUCAGUGGCUCUUCCAACAUUUGGCAGUCCUCUGCCUGUCAGAGUUGCUACAACUGUCUAAACUCCCAAAUUUGCUUUUGUUUUUGUAAAGCAUGCUAUAUAUUUGUUUGAUUUUAAUGUAUGAUAUUGUUCUAUAUUUGUAUUAAUAUUUUAACUGAAAGUAAGAAUCAGUGUUAUACAUUUUUCAGCGGAGAUUAUAUUUGUGGUAUUUCUUCCACUUUCCUUUAAAAUCUACAAGUUAAACUCUAUCAUUCUGUUUUUUUGUUUAUUUAUUCAUAAUAAAUCAAAGUAUAAGCCAUGCCUGUAGAAUUUGUUUUUUAGCUACAUAUCAAGAAAAGUGUCUCCUACCAAUCUGUACAAGUUCAAAACAUCUCCACAACUGUAACUAUACUGUUUUCCUACUGUAGGUCCCUCGCUAUAUUAUUUGAACAUAAUGCUCACUUGGAUUAAAAAAAACAUUUUGUUCUGCUUUAUGAUCAACAUACUGAUAUUU